AUGACACCCCAAAACCUCAUGCUCCUUCCUCUUUCAACCCCUAAAUUAUCCAUUGGAUGCCCAAUACUAGAUGACUGCUUGGGGGGUGGGAUACCCUGCAACUCCAUAAUAGAAUUCGUAGGGGAGAGUGGUUUCGGGAAGACGCAGCUUUGUCUCCAACUUACGUAUCAGACAACACCGGCAGAUUUAAAAAAGUGGUCUGAAAUGUUCUUCAACAUAUCUGGGACAUUGAAGGGUUUAGCACAUAAGUUUGGGUUGGCGGUGUUUGUCACCAACCAAGUGGUGGAUUUUAUUGGGCCACAUGAUGGAGUGAAUGGGGUGAGGUUGGGAAACUUGGAGUCCCUAGACAUAUCAGGCAGACGGGUGAGUCCAGCUUUGGGACUGGCGUGGGCACAUUGCAUACAUUCAAGAGUGUUCUUGGCAAGACAUGAGCAAUCUAUUGGGGUUAACAUUCGUAAUGCUCCUUCAACAACUAUAUGUAGUGAAACACAUAGGACAUUUCACCUUGUAUUUUCCCCACAUCUGGCCCAUGCGUCGGCCGAAUUUGUAAUCAGAAAAGAAGGUAUAGUCGGAGUAUCACGGGCCUUUAAGUUCGCACUCACAAUUUACAUUGCAAUGGCAAUACCAGUGCUUUUAUUGUGGCCUGUAGAACCGCACCUUGAGCACUUUCUUGUAAUGGUGCCCUCUCCUUGCGAGAGAAUUCUUAUCAUCUUUCGUCUGCCUGGCAUGACCCUUGCCAUGGGAGGUAGCAGAACUCGACUUCGAACAUCUUCAGGAAUAUCCCACAUUCUGUGA